AUGUCUUCCUCCGGAACCAAGGUCACCAACACCAACGAAGGUAUUAAUAACCCCAAGGUCGAAAAGGCCGGCACUGUUACGUCGGACUCUCUUGCUGGAGAGUCAUUGAAGGCGGGCGGCACGUUCGGCGAAGGCAGCCACGCAGCCGCCUCUUCACAACCCUCCAGCUCGACGACAACCAACAACACGGACACCUCUGGCGCAACCACCCUCCACGCCGCCGCCGAUGCCGAAGCACGCCAGGCAUUGGAAGGCUGGAACGAGGAAGCCCAGCUGAACGCCGCACGUGGAUUGAGCGGCAACAACAGUGGCGCGCCUCCAGCACCGACAUCUUCCUACCUCGCCGGAUCCACCGCUAACGCUUCGGGCACCACAGGCCAGGCCCCUCACGGCAAGAACAUCUCCGAGGGCGGCUUUGACAGCAAUGCUCCCAACGCUUCCUUCAACAACGACAUUGGCGGCAAGAACGACCCAGGCCGCUCUGCUUUGAAUGACAUGCAGCGCAAUGCCCAGCAGUCUGCUGGCGACGCUGCCCUCCCCAAGCAGCAGGGUGUCUCCAACGAUGGCCAGUUUGAUGUCCUCAAGGACACCUCUGCUUAA